AUGAGCUUGAGUGAACUUUGGAAAUCUGUUGAAGAAAGAUUUAAAGCUGCUGAGAUUGACGGCUCUUUACUCUUUCAAGGUGACGGCGCAGAAAAUGAGAGAAUUCUGGAACUCAGUGAAUCUUCCAAAUAUGAAUUCCAAAUUACGGUAUUACCCAAUCUUCAGCACCGACCUGAAAUGGGCACAGUUCAAAAGAAUCCUUUUGCUAAACCUGAACCGGAAUUGACUAUCAUUGACUCUUUUGGAGAUUCAGAUGAAUUUAGACUAUUGUUAAAUAAGUUUCCCGUCUCCCCUAACCAUUUUAUGAUGGUGACCAAAGAGUUCAAGUCACAAAACACCCCAUUGACACCCUCAGAGCUCUUGGCAACAUAUCAGAUUGUUGACGCUUUAAAGACACAGGACAAAGAUUCACGUUGGUUUGCUUUCUACAAUUGCGGACCUAAUAGUGGCGCCUCCCAGCCACAUAAGCAUGUUCAGUUCUUGACGCUACCUGAAGGCAAUGUGGAUUUUAAUCUUGAUAUAGCGAGAAGAACAGAGUUUUUUAUCCCAGAUCAAAACCGUGAACCUUUACAGGACCCCAGCCUACCAUAUGCUCAUUUUAUAGUCCCUCUUCCGGACGGGCCCGGAAUGGAUGCUGAGGUUUUGGCUAUGUUGUUUGCCUCCCUUCUCCAAAGAACAUUGACCACACUACAAAAAAAUCAGAUCGAGACCAUUAGCUACAACUUCUGCUUGACACCGCAGUAUAUGAUGAUGAUUCCAAGAUCCCGAGGCAAGUUUGACGAUGUCAUUGGCAUCAACUCUUGCGGUUAUAUGGCGUCUGAUUGGAUCUUGUCAAGGCCAACGUUGGCCAAGGUAGUGACUCCACUUGCUAAAACAUUUGUGGCAUAUGCUGGUUACAGAGAAAUGGGCUUGAGAUUCAAUGAUUUAAUCGCCGAAGAGAACCCAAUAGCCCAGAAGGCAAUCUCCAGGCUUCCUGAAGACGAAAGUUACGCCAGGAACUUCAGAAUCAUCACUGCCCAUCAAUGUGCCUUGUCACACCAGUUGCUUCCCCCAAACAAGGCUAUUAAGCCAGAGGACGACACCCCAUACUUGAUUCCUUAUCUUUUGGAAGCUGAAAAAGAAGCAUUUGAGAAGAAGGAGUUGGACAACAUCAAGGUUUAA